GGUCGACGUUGUCUCGCAGACCCCGGUCCUUUGUCAGGGCAUUGGGCACGGCCGAGCCAUUUAGGUUCGAUUCCAAUUCGCCGUCCAACGUUCCAACCUCCCAUGUGGCCAUUGCUUGUGGCAGUGCUUCUUUGCCCGACACGUGCCGUGCCUGAUGACGACGUCAUCCGCAAUGUCUUCUCUGCAGCGACUGCAGCGGCUUGGGUUACCGUGCUGGUUGGCAUGAGUACCCUGUUUGCAGCGAAUUUCAUGUUGAAGAAGAAGUGCCCUGCAGUGUUGCAGGCCGAGCGUGUGAAGGGGAAAACUUGUUUGGACCUCAUGACCAUGGUCAUGAAUGACGUCCAGGCUAAGUGUGGCGAUAGCAAACUGUCGGACAUGGACGCGCCAAACAUGGAGGGUUUACCGGAGGCCCAGCGGCUCUUCGGCUUGCUUUGGGACGACGUGAAGGAAGUUCGUACCACCACGUAUGGGAUCUCCGAGACGCACCCCGCGGUGAACUUUGUGGAGGAUCUGUUGAAGGUGGUCAUCGAGAAGGAUUUCACCCGAGCCAUGGAAGAAACCGAAGAGGCGCUGUCCGCUCAGCGUGCCGGAAAGUGGGCAGAUGGGUCGAACGAGACGUCGCACCGAGAAGCCCUGGAUGGGCGUCGGCUUCAAGAGAUCUUGGACUUUUGCGGCAAAGUGUCCAAGAUGCUUCCACAUCUCCACUUGGAUGUGCAGGCGUUUCAGCUGAGGUGCCAAGAUCUUCAGAAGAGGCUCGCCAAGAGUUUCGCAAAGACGCAGUUCAAGAACACCUUUUUUCUGCAAGUUCUUCACCUCUCGCAAGCCACCGACAUCUGGGUAGCGCUGCGUCCACGCCUCAAACAACUUUCGCAGAACAAGCAAAGUGAGAAGACCGGUGAGUGGCCAGACAGUAAGCUUGAAGCUCGACAUUUGAAAAAUUUGUGGAAAUUGCUGGAGUUCAUGGUGCCUAUCAUGCCUUCGCUGGUGCUGUCCAUUGCAACCAGCAUGGUGGCGGAUAGCUUAGCUGUGAUUUAUCACCAGGUCCGGCGCUGGGCGGCCGUGGGCGAAGCCGCUGCGGCGGGGGAAAGGUCUCAGGUGCUGUGGCUCUUGGUGGAUUUGGUCCUGGGACACUUGGCCAUCGAGUUCUUCCGGAUGAUUUGCAAGUGCUAUUCUGCCCGAGCCCAGAGCACUUUGUUGCACCGGGUUCGCUCCGGUGUGAUGCAAGCGAUCGUGCUGCAGGACUUUGCAUAUUUCGACCAGAAUGCGUCCGGUGCACUGCAGGAGCGCCUGAACCGCGAUGCCGAGCAGCUGGGCUCCAACAUCAUUGAGGUGCCUGAGAAAGCCUUGAGCGCUGUGGUGGUCAUCAUCCUGACCCUUUUCGAGGUCUACCUGGUCUGUCCGCUGCCCCUCUUCGCCGCCGCCUGCGCGCCGAUUCCCGUCAUCGCCGCGCUGCGCUGGCACCUGGAGAAGCUCGUGGGGCGCCUGAACACGCGCGGGCGGAAGCUCACAGAGGAGGCAGCCGCGGGGACUGCGGAGAUUCUCAAGGAGAUCAAGACCGUGAGGCAAUUUGCCAACGAACGCCACGAAUCCCUGCGCUUCAGCCACGCCGAAGCGGCGCGCGGCCAGAUCCAGGAAGACUCCAAGGUCCUCGAAGCGCUGGCAGGCCUGCCCAUCACCAUGGUGAUUGUGACGGGGUUGUCUUACACUCAGUACAUUGGUGCGGGAUUGGUUGAGGAGGGAAUGAUGACUCCGGGACUGCUCUUUGACGUGAGCAUCAAGUUGAACUUCUGGGUCGUGGAUCGUAUCAAUCGCCUGACCAAUCUCCUGCCACAGUUGCGCCAGGCCUUCGAACCUUUGGCACGAAUCUGCGAUCUGCUGGAUUCGACGCCCAAGAUCGAAGCGGCCGGUCAGCGGCACUCGGUGCCCGUGGCCGACCGCGCCGCGCUGAUGGCGAUCCUGGAGAAGUGCAGCGCACGAGCGGAGAGAGACGCCGAGGCCUCUGAGGAGGAUUUACCGCGGCGGUCGCCGGGAUCCACCGUGCUGACGGAAGACUUGGACGUGCUGCACGACGGGCGUCCGAUUCCCAGGGGCUCUGCCUUGCUGUCCUUCGAGUGCGGAGCGUGGGAACACGCCAUCUCCAGCCCAGCGGCGCUUCAAGGACAGGAGGUGUCCUUUCCGCUGACCUUGCACUUCAGCGUGCAGAAAGUCCCGGCGCACUUCGUCGGCCGCAUCGACUUCGAGGACGUUCAUUUUCGAUAUCCCACCGACUUGCGGAACGGCAUCUUGAAUGGCUUUACGAUGACCGUGGAACCGAAGACCAAGGUGGCGUUGGUGGGCGAAGCGGGCUGUGGCAAGAGCUCCUGCAUGGCCCUGCUGCAGCGCUUCUACGACCCCACCCAGGGCUGCAUCCGCAUCGACGGAGUGGACCUCCGCGAGUACAAUGUGAAUGUCCUGCGUUCCCGGGUGGCCGUGGUGGACCAGCGUCCCGUGCUCUUCGCCAGCUCCGUGCGGGAGAACGUGACCUACGGCCUGCGCCACGAGGUCAGCGACGAGGAGGUGAUCCAGGUGCUGCAGGCCGCCUCCUUGUGGGACGGAAGCAACGGCAUCAAGAGCAAGGCAGAUCGGCUCUUGACCAAACUGGGCAGCGGUGGUAUCUCCCUGAGCGGCGGGCAGAUGCAGCGGGUCUCCAUCGCCCGGGUGAUGAUCCGGAAGCCGGACAUCAUCUUGUUGGAUGAAGCCACCAGUGCUCUGGACAACAAGAAUGAGAAGAUUGUCCAGGCUGCCUUGGACCAGUUGGCGCACCAGGGCUCGGCGCUGGUCAUUGCGCACCGCCUCACGACCAUCAAGGACGCUGACAAGAUCGUGGUCAUGCGAAAGGGCCAAGUGGCAGAGGUUGGCACACAUCAGGAGCUCCUGAAGCUACCCAUCCAACGAGAGAAGAGCACGACGGGCGAGGAGGAGGUGGCACAUGGGAUCUAUCGCUUCCUCUGGGAGUUGCAGUUCGCCGACGAGACCGAGACCGCGGAUUCGGCCACGGAAGUCUCUGCUGAGGUGCCCAGCCGGCGGCCGAGCGCGGAGACGCCGAUUCUCAACACGACGACGUCCUCGGAGGCGAUUCUGGAGGAGGCGAUCGGGGCGAAACAGAAAGACCUCCAGAAACACCGCGCACUGAAAUAGCCGAACGUGGCCAUGGCUGUUUGUUCAGGAGGAUGCAGAGCUAUUCCUUUCACCGGUCAAUGAAAAGAUCCCCAUGGACAAGGCGAGGCCAGCUUCUGGACGCCGGGAGCUGAAGACUGGAAAGCCUUUGGACACUGAGACUUCGGGUGGCGGAGCGCGCGGCUCGGUCCCGCCGCCACCCACGUUGCGGCGAAUUCGAACUUUGCCUUGACGACCAUCUCUGGGAGGUUAGUGAGGUUUGGUGGGUUGCAAGAUGCCA